AUGGCACGCGGUUCGCUUGUCAAGUGCUUCACCGGCCUAUUGACGCUGCAGAGUGUCUUGGGUACUCCGGAGGGCCAGUUGGGUGCUGUUGCUUCGGAAAGUGAUAUCUGCAGUCAUAUCGGUAUUGAGUUGCUGAAGCUGGGUGGUAAUGCUGCGGAUGCCAUGGUCGGCACUGGUGGCAUGUGCCGUAUGUUACUAACUACAGGAAUCGGCGGAGGAGGAUUCAUGCUUCCGAAACAGCCCCCAGCAGCUGCAUUUGAAGAUAUGUACAAGAACAACGAAGACGCCAGUAUCAACGGCGGUCUAGCAUCCGGUAUCCCUGGUGAACUCCGUGGACUUCAACAUCUUCACGAGAAUUACGGAGUCCUACCAUGGGCCACUGUCCUCACCCCAGCUGUCAAGGUCGCCAGAAAUGGCUGGAGAGUCAACGAAGAUCUUGUCAAAUACAUGGCCUCCGCUACCUCCUCAUCCAACUUCCUAGUCGACGACCUCGAGUUUGCUCUCGAUUUCGCGCCCAAAGGACGUCUCCUCCAGCUCAACGAGACCAUCACGCGGAAGCGCUACGCCGACACGCUCGAGACCAUUGCCCAGAACGGUCCCGACGCAUUCUACAACGGCCCCAUAGCAGAAGCCACAAUCCGCGCACUUCAGGCCGCCAACGGAACGAUGACGCUCUCUGAUCUCUCCAACUACACGGUCGCCAUCCGCAAGCCCUCCACGAUAACCUACCGGGAUUACAAGCUCACAGCCUGCAGCGCGCCCUCAGGCGGCGAAGUCGCCCUAGCCACGCUCAAAAUCAUGGAAGGCUACUCCUGCGUCGGCCACCCAGAAAACAUCAACCUAACCACACACCGCCUAGACGAAAGCAUGCGAUUCGCCUACGGCAUGCGCGCCGAACUAGGCGACCCCCUCUUCCUCUCCGGCAUAGACACGUACCAAGAGCAAAUGCUAUCCGAGGCCACGGCCAAAGAAAUUCGGUCCAAGAUCUCCGACACCAAGACGUUCGACGUGUCGUACUACGACCCCGCUGGUCUGGAAUCCCUCGAGACGCCCGGAACGAGCCAUAUCGUUACGGCGGACAAGAGUGGCAUGGCUGUUACACUGACGACAACGGUGAACCUGCUCUUUGGAAGCAAGCUCGUCGUCCCUGAAACCGGUGUCAUUAUGAACAACGAAAUGAACGAUUUCAGUAUUCCAAACACAACGAACGCGUUCGGAUAUAUUCCCUCGCCUGCCAACUUCAUCCGACCCGGUAAACGCCCUCUAUCCUCCAUCUCGCCCGUCAUCGUCGAGCACCUCAACUCCUCGUCCAUUGCAAGUGCUUUCUACGUGGCUAUUGGCGCGGCGGGAGGCAGUCGCAUCAUCACGGCUACGAUCCAGAAUCUGCUUCAUAUCCUCGAUGGGGAGAUGACGACGGCGGAGGCGCUGGCCGAACCGAGGAUUCAUGAUCAGUUGGUGCCGGCGCAGGUCAGCUUUGAGUAUGGGUUUGAUAAUGGGACUACGGCUUUCUUGAAGGGGUUGGGCAGUAAUGUUACGUGGGUUGCGCCGGGAUCGAGUACCGCGCAGGGCUUGAGGCGCUUGACGAAUGGCACUUUUGAGGCGGCGGGUGAACCGAGGCAGAAGAACAGUGGUGGGUUUGUCGUUUAGACAGGCUCUGGGAGUGGCUGCGGUGUUAUGGCUGGACGGUACCUAUACCUUAUGCGUCAUGAAGAACCUCAAGUACUCAUGAAACCCCUCUAUCUACAUGGACGUUCACUGUGCAUAAUCUGAUGAUGGUCUUUACUAUAUCUUUUGUAAUCUUUUGUACAUAUACAACAGCUCGACACGACCGGCUAUCGACCUGACGUUACCCAAGCUAAGACAAGGUCUCUUGCGGGCACGUCCUCUCAUGACAUCGAUGUCGCAUGGAACGAAGAAAUAACGCCAGGAAUUUUACAGUGCAAACAGCAGAAUUAGAAGGAAAAGGACAGGAUGGUUUACCUAUGAGAUGAGACAGAUUGUACGGGUCUACCCAUGGCUUGGAAC